CAGCAACUCUGUUAAAUAUCACUCUAGCAGUAGUGGAGAGAAAUACCAUGAAAGGACAGUGUUCCAUAAAGUGAAUCAUGCUGCUGAGUACAUCAGUUUUAUUUUUAACAGUCCAUGUCACAUGGAUCCAUUUCAGUUAUUUUAUUUCCUGCCUCCUCAGAUUUCUUUGUACAGUGUUUUGCUCCAAGCAUUCUCCGGCCAUUUCAGCUCAACUGGAUAAAUCCAAGAGAACUUUGUGUACAUGAAAAGAGAUUGUACAUUUAACGAGACAUCAAAGACAACUGACUGGAACUAUGAUUAGCAGGCGGCGGACUCCACUUGGACUACAUAAGCACUGUGAGAAGUGUUUCAACAAAUACUGCCAAGCUCCAGCAGAGCCUUCAGUCUCAUGUGUGGUGAUCAGUUGCCACUCUCACUGUGGUGCUGUUUUUCAUAUGUGCAAAGAGGAUGAUCAUAAACUCCUGUGUCCCCUGGAACAAGUUUCAUGCCUUAAUUCUAUUUAUGGCUGCCCUUUUACAAUGGCCCGUUUUAAAGUGGCAAAACAUCUCCAAGUUUGCCCUGCCAGCAUAGUUUCCUGUUCUAUGGAAUGGAACCGUUGGCCAUGUACAGAUUCUGAAGCCAUUCUUCAUGAGAACAUUAUGAAGCAACAGCCCAAGGAAGAGUGCCUGGAUGUAGCCAUAGCUCUGAGAGAUCAGGCAGCUCUCUUUAAAGCACUCAAAAUGGCUGAGCUUUUCCCAGAAUGCAGAGGGGCUUGUACCCUGGAAGAAACAACAGAUGAUAUUGACUACUUUGAAGAAAAAGCUGUUGGAGGAAUUGCUGAACAGAGCACCACAAAUGAAGCUGAGGCAGCUGUGCUCACCCAGCAGGAACUUGAAAAUCUGGCGAAAACUAAAGAAGGGGUGGACUUGAUUGGUUACAAAAGCUGGGAAACUAUGUUUAGUAAAGAAUUUAAAGCAUGCCAGGAAUCAGACCUGUCAACCAGAAAUACAAAAAAUGCAUCUGAAAGUGGAUCUCCAUGUAAAGAACAUGAUUCUGGUAGCACUGUGGCAGAAAGCAGCGGUACAGAAGGCACUGAAAAAAACAAAAUCCAUCAAAUCAAUUUAGCAGCUGAAAAAACAGGGUUGGCUCCAUGGCAAGAUGGAGUGCUAGAGAGACUGAAGAAUGAAGUUCCUGUUGGGGAGUAUAACAUGUACUUGGUGCACCAUGGAAGGAUGCUCAUACAUUUUGGUCAGAUGCCUGCUUGCACUCCCAGAGAAAAAGACUUUGUAUAUGGAAACCUGGAAGCUCAGGAACUGAAAACUGAGACCACCUUCAGACCACCACUUAGUUACUGUGGCAAAAGAGCAAAGCUUGGGGAUCCUGUGGCACAUAAAAAGCCAGGUAAGAGCAUAUCCCUGGAUACUUCAGAGUUGGACAUAAGUGUUGAAGAACUUCCCAAAUCAAACACAAUAAAAACUACACUGUUGUGCGCUCUUGAGAAGGAACUAAAAGGUCAUGAGAUAUCUAAAACAAAGUCCACUGAUGCCUUAUAUGUGGAUAUCGGGACUCAAACAUACAGCUUUGUUGCCCAACCUUUUUCUUCAAAAACUGUUCUAGCAGAUAUUUUGGAUACAAAAGACCCACCAGACCUCCAUCUACAGCUCCAUAGUGAGAGUGUUACCCAAAGAUACAACAAAAGCAGCUCUGCAUUUACAUUCUCUUGCAACCACUUUUUUAGGAGAGAUGAAUUUUCUUCACAUUUCAAGAAUGUUCAUGCAGAUAUCCAGUCUUCCCUAGAUGGGUGGUUCCAGCGUCGCUGCCCACUUGCCUAUUUGGGAUGCACUUUUGUUCAAUAUCCUUGGCAUCCUUCUGAGCAAAAGACAAAUGUUAUCUACAAUCAGCACCUCAUGGCGUUUGCUGUUAAGCCAGAGAUUGAUCCUGUGCUCUCAGAAGCCAAGAAAAGUAUAAGAAGUAGACAAAGGAUUGAAAGGAUUGCUCUAACUAGUCUUCCCUUGGAGAUUCUGAAAUACAUUGCUGGAUUUUUGGAUAGUGUUAGCUUGUCUCAGCUGGCUCAGGUGUCAGUACAGAUGAGGGAUAUCUGUGCUACUCUGCUCCAUGAAAGAGGAAUGGUUUUUCUGCUAUGGAAAAAGAAAAGAUAUUCUCAUGGAAGAACAUCAUGGAGAGUCUGUGGAAAGAUCUGGAAAUUUAGCACCCUGUUCUCCACUAUCGAUAGGUGGCAACUCAGCGAUAUUGCUUCCAUAGCUGUACACUUGAAAACGUGCCCUUUUUAUGAAGUGGAACAUAAACGGGAUCCUAUUUUGCUUACAAGCAUGCUUAUAUGUCAGGAACAAACAGAAGAGAAUUUGGUCUCCACAUUUAAAUGCAGACAUGGAUGUGGACCUGGUUCCAAGAAAUUUCAAGAAGACUGCACUGAUUUCUGAAAGCACAUGUCAAAGCAUUUGGGAUUCUUUGAAAUGAGCUGUAUAGUCUGUUUUAAUAGGUUAACAAGGUUUUUUUUUAUAGUUUGCUGAUUGGUCAGGAUAAUAUACUGUGCUCUAAUUUUAUAAUGUUUGGUUCCUACAUUGACUCUAGAAGUUCUAGAGGACUUUUUUGUUUAUGAAUAUUAUCUACAAUAGUGCUGUUAACUAUUUUUUCCUCUUUCCUGCAGGUUUUUUAAUCUGCUUAUUUUAUCUGGUUUAUUUAAAUUCUUAUUGCUGUUUUGGUCUAUGAUUGGACAUUUAAUAAAUAAAUAUAAAACAGCAUUAUUAAAACCAUUAAUAGAUAUAAUUAAGUGUACUUAAAACUAAACUAACCCAAUUGAACGGCCAAAUGCGCAUUGGAAUAAAAUUACUUUAGCUCUGAGAAGAGGGUCUUCUAUAAAACAGUUUGAUAACAUUGGUCAGCAUAGAUUUCUCAAGAAGUCUUGCUAGACUUCUUCUUGAUUAUUUACUUUUUUAUUAGAUUAUUUGUUUAAUUGAUUGUGGAAAAUGGGGUAGACAUAUCUUUAUUUUUUACAUAACGUAAGUAGAAUGAAGAAUCAAGUGGGGUGAGGUGCCAAAAGCUUCAAUUCUGGACCUCUUUACUCAUUAAUAUUUUUAUUAAAGUCUUAGGUAAGAUAGUGGAAGGUAUCAAUAGAAGAUAAUAUUUGUAAUUCAGGGUUGAACUGUGGGGUCCUCUGAGCUUGGUGGUUUUCGUGCAGACAUUUCAUUAUCAAACUAGGUAACAUCA